UUGGCUGCGGGGGCAGGUAACAAAGUGGUAAGAAGAAGCUGGGUGCUCCAGUAGCCACAAUGGCUGGAGAGCAAGCGGUCACCAUAGACGGGUUCCAUAUAUACCCAUCAGAAAACUACACAGAAGAGGACAUGGGCUCAGGCAACUAUGACUCCAUGGAGGAACCCUGCUUCCGGGAGGAAAGUGCCCAUUUCAACAGUAUCUUCCUGCCCACUAUCUACUCCAUCAUCUUCUUGACUGGCAUAGUGGGCAAUGGAUUGGUCAUCCUGGUCAUGGGUUACCAGAAGAAACUGAGAAGCAUGACAGACAAGUACAGACUGCACCUGUCAGUGGCUGACCUCCUCUUUGUCCUCACACUUCCCUUCUGGGCAGUUGAUGCUGUGGCAGACUGGUACUUUGGGAAAUUUCUGUGCAAGGCUGUCCAUGUCAUCUACACAGUCAACCUCUACAGCAGUGUCCUCAUCCUGGCCUUCAUCAGUCUGGACCGGUACCUGGCCAUCGUCCAUGCCACCAACAGCCAGAGGCCAAGGAAGCUGUUGGCUGAAAAGGUGGUCUAUGUUGGCGUCUGGAUACCUGCUUUCCUGUUGGCUAUUCCUGAUUUCAUCUUUGCCAACAUUGAGUUUGGGGAUAACAGGUAUGUAUGUGACCGCUUCUACCCCAAUGACUUGUGGAGGGUGGUGUUCCACUUUCAGCAUAUCGUGGUUGGCCUUAUCCUGCCGGGCGUUGUCAUCCUGUCCUGCUAUUGCAUUAUCAUCUCUAAGCUGUCCCACUCCAAGGGAUACCAGAAGCGCAAGGCCCUCAAGACCACAGUUAUCCUCAUCCUGACUUUCUUCGCCUGCUGGCUCCCCUACUACAUUGGGCUCAGCAUUGACUCCUUCAUCCUCCUGGAAAUCAUCAAGGAAGGAUGUAAGUUUGAGGAGACUGUGCACAAGUGGAUUUCCGUCACCGAGGCCCUGGCCUUUUUCCACUGUUGCCUGAAUCCCAUCCUCUAUGCCUUCCUUGGAGCCAAAUUUAAAACCUCUGCCCAGCAUGCACUCACCUCUGUGAGCAGAGGGUCCAGCCUCAAGAUCCUCUCCAAGGGAAAACGAGGUGGACAUUCUUCUGUUUCAACUGAGUCUGAGUCUUCAAGUUUCCACUCCAGCUAACACUGAGAUAAAAGACUUUUAUACAUUAAAGAACUUUUUUUUAAUGACACAUUUUCUUCAGCUAUAAAAGACUGACCAAUACUGUACAGUUUUUAUUGACUGUUGGAUUUUUUUCCUUGUGUUAUAGUGUUUGUGAUUUAUUUAUAUAAAUAUUUUUUGUUGUAUGUUGAUGAGUGUCUAGGUAAGAACUGUGGCCAAGUUCUUAGUUGCUAUAUGUCUGAUUGUAGGACUGUAGAAAAGAGCACUGAACAUUCCAGGAUGUGUAGUGAGUCACUUAAGCUAGAAAUGAUCCUCAGCUGUUUGUGUAUAAAUAAUCUCUCCAUUUCAGUGGAACAUUUUCUUUUCCUGUUCUUAAAUUGUUUGGUUACACUAUAUGAUUUUUGCUAUAGAAGGUGGCACUUAGAACCAAAACCUGAAGUGGUAUAGAAAUGCUGGUUUUUUAUUUUUCAGGAGUGGGUUGGUUUC